GAAAAAGAGAAAGAAAAAGACGUCUUUGUUGGACCAACCAAAAAUAUUAGGCUGGAUCUCGCAAUCCAACUCUGUAUAUCUAUCUUAAUCUCUCUUGAAUCUUCUUCAAACAGAUUCUUCUUUGCCUGCAUUAUUUUAACCUAAUUUCUUCGUCAUCUUCUAAGGCGUGCUGCGCAAAUCAGGGAUAUACCAUUUUGUUGCAGAAAUUGUCUAAGUUCUGAGUUGCAUCACUCGUUGAUACAACAGCCAAUAGAAAGAAAGGCAAUCCAAAGAACUGUGGAGAUUUAGCGAAGGGAAAAUGUCUUAGUCGAGAGAGGAUGGAUAAAGAUGUUAGUGUUGCUCGAUCCCAUGAAAAACAGCCUUCGAUGGGUUCUACAUUUAUUAGUGAAGAUAAAAAGCCCGCAGACAAUGCUUCAGUAUUUGUGAACCAAGCUGAAAAAACUUGGCAAGAGAUGAGAAAAGAUUGGGCGGGGAAUCGAUCUCAAAAGACCCAAAGAGUGCCAAAAGAUCCCGUCUUAAGCUGGUCUCUAACAUAUGACGAUCUGCUUCUGACCCACGAUCCAUUUCCCCAACGAAUCCCGUUACCUGAGAUGGUGGAUUUUUUAGUUGAUAUCUGGCAUGAGGAAGGACUCUUUGAUUAACAAAAGAUUUGUUUUCCAAAAGAUAUGUUACUGAGGCAGUACAGAUGUAGCUGAAAUAUUUAGAUCUUAUUCAUGUAAACCUUUAUUUAUAAAACUUAUUUUGCAGAGGAGUGUAGUUAGCUUUAUUGUAGAGGGGUUCGACUAGGAUAUAUAAUCCGAACCCUGGAUUUUAUUUAAAACAUUGAUGUAUUCUACUUAUAUUUUUUGAUGCAAACAUUGAUUGUAUUCCAUGUUUUAUCUUGGAACCUUAAUCUUUACUUUUAGUUUUUUCUCCCGUUUCCAA